AUGAAAUAAUAAAUUAUCAUUUAAAUCAAUAAAUAAGGCUUUAUGCAGACCUUUUAGUCACAUACUAGGUUCAACAAACUUUAGAAAUUAUUAAGAGUUAUAUUAAAAGCAGGAACAUAAAAUUAUUAAUAAACUUUAAUUUUAAAUUUGGAUUUAAAUCUAAAUUUUUUCUGA